CCUGCUUCCAGCGACCCACCUGCCUCUCUAGAGGGCCUGCCGUCUACUACAGCCUACUCGGGAGCUCGUGGCUUUGGGACUGAGCCUUCAUCCGAGUUCGCCGACAGGGGAAAGGACACUCGGGAGCUCGUGGCUUUGGGACUGAGCCUUCAUCCGAGUUCGCCGACAGGGGAAAGGACACACCGCCGCCACAGGCCUGGAGAAGAUGUUGACAGGGCAUCGCCAGAGCGCUGGCCGCCUGCUGCUGUUGGCGCUGGUGGUUGCCGCCGCCAGCGAGGUGCGCGGAUACGGCGGGAUGUUGCAGACCAUGCUGGUUUCAAACCAGGAGGAAGGAGUUGUGACGACGAAGGCAGAGUAUGGCGACAUGGAGGAGGCAGACGCCAGCGGGAUGGAGGAGACGGAGGACAGCAUGGAAGGGCUGGAAGGCUUGGAUUCUGCAGCAUCGCUUGUUGCCGAAAGCAGCUCAGACGAAGCCUCAGCCGGGGAGCAGGAGCUGCAGGCAUUGGAGCAGAUGGGGGGGCACACGCAGGCGGGUUCCCAGCAUUUCCCGCUGAGCUGGAACAUUCGCCGCGCGUUGAGAAGUCGGCGCCGUUGAGGGCAGCGCGGACAGCUGAUGGUGACGCCUCUGCUUCCUCCUCGUUGUUGUUUUCCACUCGCCCCUUUCCUGCCCUCUGCUUUGCUGGGUGAAGAUACCCCAUCUCCUGCUCCUUUGGCUCUGUGCCGCCAACACGAAUGCCCAUCAACGCUGAUUACGCACCGGCUUGCCUCCUCCUCUCACAAUCCAACGCUACUCC